AUGUCCAGAUAUCCUCAGGGGCAUCAAAAGGCUCAGGCGCUGCACGACGCGAUCGGCAAGCUUAUCCGUUCAGAGGUCAUCAUCCCUUUUCCAACUGAGGAGAGAUUCCGAGGCUAUUACUCAAACUUGUUUGUAGUUCCCAAGAAGGAUGGAUCUGUUCGGCCAAUCCUGGACCUCAAGGAACUCCAUACUUUCAUUCGACCGCGAAGGUUCAAGUUGGAAUCCCUCAGACCUUCCCCUUGGCCUGAACUCGGCCCCUCGUGUCUUUACCAAGAUCAUGUCGGUGGCCACUGCUCUAAUCCGCACCAGGGGGAUCUCCAUAACUCCUUAUCUGGACGAUCUCCUGAUCAAGGCACCUUAAUUUGCAGUGGCCCAGCAGGCGUUGCACUUCACCAUGGUUCGAUUACAGGAGUUUGGUUGGUUCAUCAACCUGGACAAGUCCUCGUUAACCCCAAGCCAAUCCAUGGUCUUCCUCUGGAUGCAGUUCAACACCCAGACACAAACUCUCCCAGUGACAAGGUCCAGCAUUUGCGGACCCUCGUGCGGUCUCUCCUCUCGAAGUCCCACACCGCGAGAUUCUACAUGAAGGGAGCUUCAGUGGAAUAUUCUUGCGGCCUGGAGGCACAAAUCCCUUCUCCUGGAAUUUCGUUUAUCCCGCAGGACUCGAGUCUCUCUUCUCUGGUUGAUGCAAACCAGUCACCUGACCAGGGGCAGACCCCUAGGGGAUCCACAAUGGUGACUGCUCACCACAGAUGCAAGCCUCUCCGGUUGGGGAGCAGUGCAGAGGGUCGGUCAGCGCAGGGUCGCUGGUCUCUAUCGGAACAAUGUCUUCACAUCAACCUUCUUGAGAUACAGGCAAUCCGACUCGCCUGUCAGCCAUCUUCAUUCCAGAUCCUGGGUCUAGGAUCUAGUACAUCUCUCAGUAGAGGAACCUUGGCCUCUCAUCCUGGACCUUCUCUCUCAGGGUCCAAUCCUUCACCACUGUCCUGCCACCCUCAAUUUGAUGGCGUGGCUACUGAAACUGCGAUCCUAAGACGGAAGGGGUUCUCUGACACUGUCAUUCUACCAUGCGUGCAGCCCGCAAACCGGUCUCCGCCAAGACGUACCAUUGGGUCUGGUUCACUUUCCAUUGGUGGUGCCAAUGAGGGACUGUCCCUGCACAUGUCCCUCGGAUCACUGAAAUCUCAGUUUUCGGCACUUCCAUCCUGUUCCAAAGACCUCUCGCCUUGUUCCCAGAUUGGCUCACAUGGAAAACAGUUUUUUCUGCUGGCUAUUGCCUCAGCACGGAGAGUAUCUGAGAUCUCUGCCCUCUCCUGUAGGUCUCCUCUGUUGACCUUCCACAACGACAGGGCAGUACUUCAUACUUCUCCCUCUUUUCUUCCCAAGGUGGUUUCCACUUUCCACCUCAACCAGGAAAUUACGAUUCCUACCUUCUGCCCAUCCCUUUCCAAUGCGAAGGAAGCAGCACUGCACACCCUCGACCCCGUUAGGGCCCUCAAGUUUUACCUGCACCGGGUCGAGGACAUCCGUCUAUCGGACUCCUUGUCCUUAGACCACCAUAUCCUGAUGGAUAAAGCAGGCCAUCCAGAGAUCCUAUUCAUCACAGGGUCAGGUUCCCCCAGAUCAAUCGGGGCACAUUCCGCCAGAGGGCUUUUCGAAAAUAAGCCUCAGCGGAACAAGGCUGCAACGUGGACUUCAAUCCAUACUUUUGCCAAAUUUUACCAGUUUGACACCUUGUGGCAUCUGACACCCACUAUGGCAGGAAGGUACUUCAGGCUGCAGUGGCUGGUUCCACGUAGGCCUCUACUUCCCGCCCUAGAUUCAGGGGACAGCUUUGGUACGUCCCCACUGUCCCUGUGUCCCCCAAGCAGACCUAGAGAAAAGGAGAUUUUGUGUACUCACCGUUAA